AUGAAGUUCAUCGAUGAACUAGAUAUAGAACGAGUCAAUCAGACUCUGAAUUUUGAAACGUCAGAUUGCAAAAUUACUGGUGGUUGUGAUAUUUUUACCACGAAACCUGUCGCUUCAGAUAAGAAACUUUACAAGACCAUUGACCAGCAUUUGGAAACAAUACUGCAAGAAAAUGAAAGUUUUAAAGCUGCUGUACAACAUCAACAACAGUUACAAUUACAAUCAUCUCCUGUGGAAGCUAACGCUAUACCUGUGACGCCAAAUGAAAACAACAUUCGUAGAGAUAGUUCCUCAUUUUGGGAACAAAAGAGACGUAUGUCUAUAACAGAUCCAUUAUACGCUAUAAAUAAUAAUAUUGUCAAUUAUGCAAAUAAUUUUAAUCAAAAUAGUAACAAUAAUAGCAAAAAUAAUUCAACGAAUAACGUCUCCUUAACAAAUCCACCUGUGAUGAAUGGAUCUAAUAGUGGUAACAAUCCUUCUUUAGUAGGUAGUCCCUUCAUGAAGAGUGUCAAAUUGAAUGACCAGAAUUUGAAAGAUUUAGUAAUGAAUUCUGAAUCUGAAUAUGCAAGUUCAUCAUCCAUGGAAUCAACUAAUAGAACCGGAUCUAAUACUGGUAUAACAAAACCAAGUUCAAAGAGGAGGACCAGUAGUAAUUCAAGUUUGCAAAGUUUUAAGCUAACUACAUUGAGAAGACCAUCAUUAAAUGAUGCAGAUUUAAAUGUCAAUAUUGGUCCCUUUGGCCCUAUUCGUGAACCUGCAAGUAGGAGGACGUUUGCAUAUUUAAUCGCCAUCUUAAAUGCAUCAUAUCCUGAUCACGAUUUUACAUCAUUAGAACCAACAGAUUUCAUAAGGAGUUCAUUAAAGACAUUCAUUUCGAAGUUUGAAAAUUCAUUAUAUUCACUAGGGAAAAAACCUGAGAGCUGGAUUUGGGAAAGUAUAAGUUCACAUAUGACAUUAUCAGAUUGUGUCGUAUAUCAAUUUAACCCAACAAAAUCCUUUUUGGAAGAUGAACCUGGUUACCUAUGGAGUCUUAUCGGAUUUUUAUUUAAUAAGAAACGUAAGAGAGUAGCAUUUAUAUACUUGAUCUGUUCAAGAGUGAAAGCCAUAUCUGGAGAUUAUACUGAAGAUAAUAUGAAACCAAUGAGACAAUAUACCAUCGAUUAUGAUGAUGGUUUUGAGGGCGAAUAUGACCUGGUAAAUGAUGAUGAAAAUGCUAUUGCAGAUGAUUCUGAAGAUGAAUUUUAA